GGAGGGGACAGACAGAAAUACUUGCAGAGUUAGCAGUGAGCUGGGUAGCUGCUUCCUGGACACUGGAGACCCUUCACCUCUCUCCAGAUGAAAAGAUGACAUGACCUUGUGGUAGACUCCGAAACUGAGGCCCUAGAAUGACAGAACCUGAGAGCCUGGCUCUGCUGGAAGUGAAGGGUUCUGAGGCCCUGGAGAAGAGCUCACCCCAGGCCUUGAUCCCCAAUGGGCGGCAGCCAGAAGGGGAAGGUGGGGGCGCAUCCCCUGGAGCUGAGUCUCUCAGAAUGGAGUCUUCAGCGGGGUCUCCCACAGCCACCGAGGGGGCUGAGGAUGGUCUAGACAGCACAGUAAGUGAGGCUGCCACCUUGCCCUGGGGGACUGGCCCCCAGCCCAGUGCUCCAUUCCCAGAUCCCCCUGGCUGGCGGGACAUUGAGCCAGAGCCCCUUGAGUCAGAACCCCCUGCAAAGCUAGAGGAGCUGCCUGAAGAUGAUGUCAACCUCCUGCCUGAAAAGGCAGCCCGAGCCUUCGUGCCCAUUGACCUUCAGUGCAUUGAACGGCGGCCCCAAGAAGAUCUCAUCGUGCGCUGUGAGGCAAGUGAGGGCGAACGCCGGACCUUCCUGCCCACCCGGGCCACCCACCCUGAGCCCCCUGAGUGCAAGUGGGCUGAGGCAGUGGUGAGGCCACCUGGCCAUUCCUGCAAAGGCUGCGGGAGCUGUGGAGGCCGUGAGGGGCUGAGGGCCGUGGCCUCUGUGGGAGCUGCGCUCGUCCUCUUCCCCUGCCUGCUGUAUGGGGCCUAUGCAUUCCUGCCCUUUGAUGCCCCACGGCUGCCUACCAUGAGCUCCCGCCUGGUCUACACGCUGCGCUGUGGAGUCUUUGCUACUUUCCCCAUCGUCUUGGGGCUCCUGGUGUAUGGGCUGAGCCUGUUAUGCUUCUCUGCCCUUCGGCCCUUUGGAGAGCCACGGCGGGAGGUGGAGAUCCACCGACAGUACGUGGCACAGUCAGUCCAGCUCUUCAUUCUCUACUUCUUCAACCUGGCCGUGCUUUCCACCUACCUGCCCCAGGAUACCCUCAAGCUGCUCCCUCUGCUCACUGGUCUCUUUGCCAUCUCCCGGCUAAUCUACUGGCUGACCUUCGCUGUGGGCCGCUCCUUCCGAGGCUUUGGCUAUGGCCUGACAUUCCUGCCGCUACUGUGCAUGCUGGCCUGGAACCUCUACUACAUGUUUGUGCUGGAACCCGAGCGCAUGCUCACCGCUGAGAGCCGCCUGGACUACCCUGACCAUGCUCGCUCAGCUGCAGACCACAGGCCACGACCCUGGGGCUGAGCCGCUUUGUCCUCUUGGCUUCUGGGACCUGGGUGGGCUUAGAACACUUCUCUGAACCUGCCUGCAGACCUGGACUUUGCCCCCAACCCUGGGAUCUUGGUGCGGGGCACCCUGCUUCUGACCCAACAGGGCUGUCCCUUAGCUGGCAUUGCCCUUCACUUCUGGGGCCCUGGGACAGUCGUAAAGGAUGAAUGGACUUAGUUUUCUUGUGUGGACAGCCAUGUUCCUUAAGGAUGCUGAGGGAAGGGGCCAGGACCAGGGUAGAGGCAUGGGAGUCAAUAAAGCUGGAUGCUGCUCAACCCCCCAGCUUUUUGCGGGGCAGGGCUGCAGUCGAAGCUAUGACAUUUCUCUGUUAGUUGUCUAACCAGAGGACCUCAAGGAGACUAGAAACACUGCCCAGACCAGAGGAUAGACUUUCAUGUUUGGUCCUCUCCCUCCUUUGGGGGUCUGGGUAUAGGACAUUCAUGACAGGCAGUAGGGCCCUUUAGCAGCAGUCAGCACUACCAAGGCCUCCUGUCCUGAGCUGCUGCCUCCUGCCUAUAAUCUCUCCCUGUAACUCCCAGAAGCUGCACUUCCUGUAGGUAGAGGGCAGAUUGGGCAAUCUGCUUCCAAGAUGGGUGGGUACCUGUGUGUAGGGCUGUCAGCCCAGCACAAGUGUGUGAGACAAUAAACCAGUACCACAGGCUU